CAAAUUUGAAAUGUAACGCUACUUCCCCGCAUGGGAUACAUGAGUUACAUUAAGUUGGACUCAGCUUUCACUCCGAAAGAAUGUGCAGAUAUUGAUUUCAGGCACCACUGUCAGUCACUAAAUUUUUGUUGUUGAUAAACAACAUAUUUAGUAGCUGCCGGACAGAGCUCAACCUCCCCUGUGUCGCCUCUGUAGCGCCCCCCUACAGCCCGAAAACUUUCCUCUCUCGAAGUGAUUUCCUCCCCUGUUUUUACUUCCUGUUUUCAACGGGAGUCACUUAGCUCAGCUCCUUUCAUUUCAACUUUUGCUCCUCUUCACCGUACUCUGCUUUUUCUUAUAUUAAUAAUCUGCUUUCGCUUCUUUCCGUCAAAGUUGCUCGAACUAAAUCUCUUCGUCUCUUUUCUCGAUUUUUUACGGACAGAAGAAAAUGUUGGACUCGAUUUUAACUUCGGCCCAGAUGGAUUUUACGUAGAUCUUGUUUUUAUCUUAAAAUAUGGGCCGUGCUUUACAUCUUGUGACACUUUCUAAAAAAUAUUCAUUUUCUUCUCUGCUAGCCUUGUCCACCUUCGAUCCUCCGCUUGCAACAUAGUAGAAACUAGCAGGCUAGAUAGCUACCUCUCCUUUGCCGAUUUACAGUUUGCACCAUUUUCUAUUUGUGAAUGCGUUUUGCUACCGUUGUUACCUUUUAACUUUUUUAAUUUAUUUUUUUUCGAAAGUUAUUAUGGCUGAUUUCCAGCGUCCAACGCUGUGCUGCUGCCGGAAGGUGCUGACUGUGCCGAGCAAGUCGUGUGAGGGUGGCCGGGGGAUGGGACACUGUCACCGGGUCGACAUUGCUUCAGCGUCCAACUUCCACAGCUUUAAGCUCCGUCAUUUCCACCUCGACCUCCGCCUCAAUUUUGCAAUAAAGGAAAUUACGGGCUGGCAGGUUUUAGAACUGGUACCAGUACAGCCCGGUGUGCAAACUCUGAUUCUGGACACACACCCGUCCCUGCUCAUCUAUGGCAUAGACUGCAAGGUGCCCGGAACUGCCGGCGCCCCGGAUACCUCUCUUUCACUUACCUACCGGGUGGACCCUUUCACCGAUUACGGUUCCUCACUCAACAUCAGCCUCCCGGCUGCUGUGAUCCGACCACAUCGGGCGUUCCAGAUCACCAUCCGCUACACUACGACAGACGGCCCUGCGAUAUGGUGGUUGGAUGCCGAGUUGACAUGCGGACAAACUCGGCCACUGGUCUUCACUCAGGGACACUCUGUGUGUAAUCGUUCCUUCUUCCCCUGCUUUGACACACCGGCUGUCAAAAGCACCUACUCCGCCACUGUCCGAGUGCCAGAGGGGGUAACGGUGCUCAUGAGUGCCUCACACAGUGCGUACUCCAAAAAGGACAGGGUCUUCCAGUUCUCCAUGGAGUUCCCGGUCCCAGCAUAUCUGGUGGCGCUGGUCGCAGGAGACCUGCAGCCUGCGGACAUUGGGCCUAGGAGUCGAGUGUGGGCAGAGCCCUGUGUGCUUACGUGCGCUGUCAGCAAGCUGGGGGGCAGUGUGGAGCGCUGGCUGGGUGUUGCGGAGGGGCUGUUUGGACCAUAUGUGUGGGGCAGGUAUGACAUCGUGUUCCUCCCACCCUCAUUCCCCAUUGUUGCCAUGGAGAACCCGUGCCUGACGUUCAUCAUCUCUUCCAUACUGGAGAGUCAUGAGUUUCUGCUGAUCGAUGUCAUCCACGAGAUCGCCCACGGCUGGUUCGGGAACGCUGUCACCAACGCCACCUGGGAGGAGAUGUGGCUGAGUGAGGGACUGGCCACCUACGCGCAGAGACGCAUCACUACAGAGGCCUAUGGUGAGGCCUUCACCUGCCUGGAGACCGUGUUUCGACUGGACGCUCUGCACAGCAGUCUGAUGAACUUGUUCACUUAUGAGAAGGGCUUCUGCUUUGUGUCGUACCUGUCCCAGCUGAGUGGGGACAUAAAACGAUUCGACAGCUUCCUAAGGGCCUACAUUGAGCAGUUUAAGUUCAGCAGUGUGGUGGCCCAGGACCUGCUGGAGUUCUUCCUGGGCUUCUUCCCUGAGCUGAAGGAGAGCUGUGUGUCCCAGAGAGAGGGACUUGAGUUUGAACGCUGGCUGAACGGGUGUGGCCCUCCCCUGUGUGAGCCGGACCUUUCUGCAGGGGGGGUUCUGACCGACCCGGUCCAGCAGCUCUGUGAGUUGUGGGGGUCUGAAACCCCCGAUUCCCAGGCCAUCGCCACCUUCGACCUCACGUCAUGGAGCACCUUCCAGACAGUACUGUUUCUGGACCGGCUGCUGGACCGAUCUCCCCUGUCCAAUGAGGUGAUGACCUGCCUGUCAUGCUGCUACUCUGCCCUAUUGGACGGUAUGAAUGCGGAGGUGCAGAUUCGCUGGCUGCAGAUCGUGGUGCGGAACAGCUUCUACCCUGACCUGCCCCGAGUGCGGAGCUUCCUGCACAAACAUACGUCUCGUAUGUACACGGUUCCUCUCUACGAGGACCUGUGCUCAGGGGUGAUGAAGUAUUUUGCGGUGGAGGUGUUCUAUCAGACCCAGGCCCGUUUACACCCCAACCUGCGUCGGACCCUGCAGCAGAUCCUAUACCAGACCAGUGCUGUCCCCACAGGGGGCACCUCCCCCCUGCUGCCCCCGCCCGCCUCAGCCCCUGCCCCCACAGACCCCCCCGCACCCGGAACCAUCGCCCUGCGAGACGUCAAUGUGUCUGCCUGAGAGAGCAGUGGACGGACAGAUGGACAUGUGUAGGCAGAGAGAGAGAAGUGAUGGAACUGAGGAGUCAUGGAGUAGGAGAGGAGCUUGACUGAACUUGUUUGAAUUAUUAAGUCUAGUCUGAAGGAGACUGGAACAGGGGAAAAGAGACCACUGUGCACACUCAAGAAGGCACACACACACACACACACGGAACGUAAGCAGUACUUUGUUUAAGGUGCUGUUAUGGCAUGCCUGAUUUUUGUAAGCUAACUGUUGAAGCUGCUCUGGGGCAAGCAACAGACAGAUUAUCUGCCUUUCUGUCUGUUUGUCUGUCCAUCUUUCUGUUUGGCAGUUUGUCUGUGCCUGUUUUUGUAUAUUUGUAUGCAUGUCUCAGAAGUGCCCAAGCAAAGUCCUUGAGCAAGAUUGUGCUUGUGUGUGUACGUGUGCGUGUGUGUGUGCUUGUGUGUGUGUGUGCCUGUGUGUGUGCAUGUGUGAGAGAAACCGUGGAACAGUUCAUACCCUGCAACAGUAGUUGGAUGACCCAACUCGGUUAGAUUGUCUGUUGACUGUUAAACUUGAUACAAGUGAAUUGUUGGUCAGUGGACUGGACCAUGUUUAGACUCACGCUUUGCUUUAACAUGUCUGGACCAGGUUCAGAACCAACUGCUUGCCAGUCUCAGUUAAAGUGACGCUGUGUGUCAGUGACUUGAGGUACUUCUGCUCAGAGCAUAUUUUGAGAGAAGAGUUGCGUAUGAUCAUGUUCCUUCAGAGGGCAGAUUUCAUAAAGAAAUCAGUGACACAAUUUACUCAUAACACUACAGUUUUACGCCAUUAUUAAUGAGAUCAAGUGGGAUCCACUUGGAAUUCAGAGCAGAAACACAUUUUGGAAUGAAGCUGGAAAAGCCUGGCUCUGCCUUUCCUUUCCUCCACCAGCUGUGCUCACGCUCCAGAUAACUCCCUCAUAUAUACCUGGUGCUAACUCCUCCCACCUUGCCAUCUCAGGUAUGUCUCUCAAGAGGGAGGGGGAGGAGCCACAUAUGUGCCUUUUAAAAUCUAGAACUUUGUUAUGCAGGUCAUGUUUGCUCUUAGCAGCUGAUCCUAGUACAGGACCUAAUUCUACACUAAUUGGGUGGGUAUAAGUAAAGGGAAUGGAUCAUCUGACCUUAGCUCAGUUGCUAAUGGCAAAAGGAGCUCCCAAUGCAAACUAGUUCAGGUUAUUGGUCUCACCGCCAUUUUUGGUCACAGUCACAUCUUGCAGCACACGGGAACCCUGCCGCUGGUCUGGUCCUGUGUGUCACAGAUUAUUUUGUGAACGACUGGCGAUUUUUUUUAAGGAGAUAAAUCAAUGGGGUAAAUAUUUUGAGGAGAAUGAUGUAAUUUUGUUCAUGAAAAAUGUUUUUCCUUCAGUAUUGUGAUUUCCCUGCUUUUAAUGGACCACACGCCCCAGGAUUACGAUGGAGAGUUCAGUGACUUGUGAUGGUUUGAUUAGGGUAGAGGCUGGGGCUGGAUUGGAGGGGGAGGGAGCAAUGCAAAGUACACCCUUAUCAGGAGCCUUACUGAUUUGCACAAAUUGAGAGAUCGCUGUAUUUCAUUGUUUUAUGUGUAAUAAAGACAGGGUGUUUCCUGUUUUCCCAAAAUACUUGAUGCUUUGGAUAGAAACUUCCUGGUUAAUAAACGUAAAAAAAAA